AUGGCCCUCUGGACGCACCUCCUGCCCCUGCUGGCUUUGCUGGCCCUCUGGGCACCGGCCCCAAGCCGAGCCUUCGUUAACCAGCACCUGUGUGGCUCCCACCUGGUGGAGGCGCUCUACCUGGUGUGCGGAGAGCGCGGCUUCUUCUACACGCCCAAGGCCCGGCGCGAGGUGGAGGACCCGCAGGCCUCAGCCUCGUCCCCCUCCUCCUCCUCCACGUCAACCCGGCUGGAGGGUCUGGGGACCGCAGCCAGAGCACCCCCUACUUUGGCGGCGACUGCUAAUAUUGGCCCGACCAGUGGAUCAUCGGCCGGGCAGCUUCAGCAGAGAGGUUUGGGCACCAGUGACUCCCCGGUCCUCUUUAUCCACCGCCCGGGAACUUCGGGGACUACGCAGCGACUAGAGUACAGGGGCCGAAGAGUCACUGCAGAACUCCUUGAGGAGGAGGUGGAUCCCAAGCCCCAAGGCCCUGCAUCUCAUCCAGCAGAGACCCCUGCCCAGGCUACCCCCCAGCCAGAGCCCCAAGCUGCCCGAGAACCCAGCCGGGAGGUGAGCUGCUGCGGCCUGUGGCCCAGGUGGUCGCCGCGUGCUCAGAACUGA